UAUCAAAGCAGAAUACAGAUGGAGUAUUGGGAGAAGAGUACUCUAAGGAAUGCUACUGAUGAGGGAUAAUACAAGGACCAACCGAGAAUGUGGCGAAUUCUCCGUGAGAUUGUAGAAGGAUUAUUUUAUGUUCAUUCACUUGUAGAAAAAAAGAAUUUGAAUAAUUUUCGCUUAGCUCAGUAAAUACAUAUAUUUAGGCUUAUUAUUUGCUAUUUUCCUCUAAUUUUUGCGAAUAGGUUAUGAUUCAGGUAAACGCAUUUCGUCAUUUUUGGUUUCCAAUUGUUACAUCUUUUAGGAGUUUUCUUUAAAAAGUCAACUAAUGUCAAGGAAAAAGAAACUGCUGACCCUUUACUAAGUUGUUUGCAGUUUUGCUUUCCUACACAACAAGUGGCGGGAAGACUGUAAUUAUGGCGCGCUACUCCUAGUCGUCGUUAUUUUUACUUUGAUGUCGAGCAUCGAAGAGACUUAAAAUGAAGCGAAGAACUUCCACGAGGCUACAACAAAGGAAGUUAUUGAAGCUUGAAGUGAACUAUGCUGAACCCAAAGAAAUCAACUCAGAUGAAAUUGAUGAUAAUGAAGACAAUGAUAACACUCAAUAUGAAGAAAGUUGUGAAAGUUCAAGCAGUAGUGAAGAUCAAUCUGAUGACAAUGACGUUCAUGAAAUGUCAGAGUACGAGAAACAGAGACUUGCCAACAUUAGAAAGAACAAAGAGUUAUUGGAUUCAUUGAAAAUUAACGAGGAAAUCAGCCAUCUGAGGGCUCGUAAACAGCCAACAAAGUUAAAGAGGCCUGUUAUGAAGAAAAAGGUUGUGGAACCAGUACGGCGUUCCCCCAGGAUCAGUAAAGAACGAGCCUCGAAUCAAUUUGAAAUGAUUACUCUGCCAGACUUAAGAAUUUAUCCAGCUGUUGAAGAAAGGAUAAAGGGUCCUGUCGAUGCAAACCCAAUAAACGAUGUUGGAGACGAUGCAAAUAAGAAAUUCAUGAAUUCCUUAGAAUUGCUUUCCAACGAAACUAAGAUGACGACGAACGUUGUUCCAGUGGAAGCAUCUUUCCCACAAAGUUACAAGCAGAGAAUAUCAAAAUUUUCUUUGACGUCUGAUCGAAUACGAAAAGUUGUCCCAAAAAGAAUAACGACGAUGGCGUUUCAUCCAUGCUGUGAUAAAACGAUUGUAGCGGCUGGUGACAAUGCUGGAAACAUUGGCAUUUGGAAUGUGGACGCAAGCAAGGAAGAUGAUGACGUCAUCAUGUAUCGACCACAUGCUGGUAACGUUAGACAAGUAUAUUUUCAUCCAUUCAGAAACAACAGUCUUUUUUCUUCGAGUGUCGAUGGAUCUUUGAGACGAGCAGACUUCAAUAGUUGUACUUUUGAAGAAAUUUAUGCAACAGAUGAUCACAUGAUUAACGGUUUUUCGUGUCCUCUCAACUCGCGGGAUAUUUUUUUAUUAGCACACGACGCUGGCUAUGUGGGAGUUUUGGAUACUAGAGAAACAAAGAAUGAAGUGAAAACUCAUGUUUGUCACGGCAAAAAUGUCAAGUGCAUCGAUUCAAGCAGUUCCAACGAAUAUCUCUUCUGCACUUCGUCGAGCGAUGCGACUGUUGCAUUAUGGGACUUACGAAAUCUAAAAGGGAUCAAAUCAAGUUUGGACACAUUUGAAAAGCACAGUCGUUCCAUAUCGUCAUCUUAUUUUUCUCCAGGUGAUGGAAAGUACAUUUUGACAACCUGUUGGGAUGAUACUGUUAAAGUGUUGGAAGUUACAUCCUCAUGGAAACUUGAAAUGAAACGAAAUUUUCAACAUUACAAUCACACGAACCGUUGGUUGACGCCUUUUAAAGCUUCGUGGGAUACACGCAGAGGUCGUGGAUUUGUUAUUGGUAGUCUUUUAUAUAGUCGACGCAUUCAAUUUUAUCAUGUGGAACAAAUGGAAACGUCCCCACUGUUGGAAAAGUUUGAUCCAAACUUCACCACAAUCACAUCGAUAAAUGUUUUUCAUCCGACAAGGAGCAUUCUUGGCGCUGGAAAUUCUAGUGGCAAAAUUUAUAUAUGGUCAGAUUAAAAAUAAUACUUGUUUUAUUUCAUCCCUUAUUACUCAGGGAGAUUUUUUCCUUUUUUUAUGUAUAGUUAGUUGGAUGGAUGGGUUUCUAAACCAUCCAUUUACAUUGUUUUCAUCUUUAUUUGGAAGUUAUGAUUGCUUUCAAAGAUGUUGAAUUUCUCCUUAACGAUACGGCAUGCAGUGAUAUGCCGAGAUAGUGGGGCACAAAGGUGCCACUCUUGAUAAACAGCUACAAUGUAGCUACAAAAUAAAUGAAAACAGAUUCUUUUGGGAAAGUGUUAUCUGAAUUGCAAAGUUCAUAGUAA